AUGCCCUGGCACACGGUGGAGAUAGACCUCACUAUCAUCCAGAGGUCAGGGAAGUACUCAGAUGGUGAAUCAUCUUGGCUCGUGCAGCAGGACUGUGCUAUGAUUCUCCCUGUGGGGGUGUUGCUGGGGCUCCUGUUGCUCUCCGGACCCCAGUCCUCUCUCCAAGAAGGCACUCAGGAAAUCGAGAACAGUGAUGAGAUCCUGGAGAGAGAGUUCAUCUUCGCCCCAAAUCGGCAAAAACGAGCCGUCAUGGACCACAGCCGCUCCCAAACGGAGAAAUGUUCCUACACGUUUAUUGUCCCCGAGCAGAAAAGCACCGGGGCCAUCUGUGUGAACUCCAGGGAGCCCGAGGAAAUGCUGGGGAACCGGGUCAACAAGCAGGAGCUGGAGCUGCUGAACACCGAGCUUCAGAAGCAGCGCCGGCAGAUCGAAGCUCUGCAGCAGCUGAUACAAGUCGACGGGGGGGUGGUGAAUGAAGUCAAGCUCCUGCGCAAGGAGAGCCGCAACAUGAACUCCAGAGUGACGCAGCUCUACAUGCAGCUACUGCACGAGAUCAUCCGCAAACGAGACAACGCUCUGGAGGCGUCGCAGCUGGAGACCCGAGUGCUCAACCACACGAACCAGAUGGGAACGCUCGGCUUACGCUACAGCGACCUGGAGCACAAGUACCAGCGUCUGUCGGCCCUCGCAAACAACCAGAGCGCCCUCCUGCUGCACCUGGAGAAGCAUUGUCAGCGGGGGGGACACUCGUACGGUGUGGUGCAGGAACGGAUACGCCCCGUCUACCCACAACCCCCUGUGAUGCCUCAGCCUCCCGUACAGAUGCCUGAACUGUCUCCUGGAGGAUACAGACCCUACGAUCCUCGGAAAUUCAACCAGCACACCAUCAACCGCAUGAAUAAUGAGAUACAGAAUGACCAGAACGACCAGAAAUCUAAAGCAGUACCGCCUCCACUGCCCACGAUGACAAGCGCUGCAUACAGCUUUACAAGUGAGCCCGUUGCGGUCCUGCAAACAACGUCACGGCCGUACUACUCGGCCCCGACACAUCCGUCCCCGGCCGGACAGCGUCCGGAGCUGCGAGACUCCCCAGGGCCUCAGCUAGAAGCCUCUGCGACCUCCCCAGCCACGCUUCUCUCGCAUUCUCACGGGCGCCGGCGUUCUCCCAAAUUCGCCAGCACAUCGAACGCGGACUUCCCCCCCAGGAUACGCUACCUCCACACAUCCACAGCGCACUCAAAAUGGCGCGCGGGGACAGCAACGACUGACGAAGAACUGGAGGCCAUGCUGGAGGGAGGAAACUCGGCUGUGUUCAGUGCCGGGAUCAUGGAAUCUAAGAUCACCCAGCAGGCCCUGAAUGAAAUCGAGGCCCGUCACAAAGACAUCAUGAGGCUGGAGAGCAGCAUCAAGGAGCUCCAUGACAUGUUUGUGGAUAUUGCCAUGCUGGUGGAGAAUCAGGGGGGUAUGAUUGACAGAAUUGAGAGCAACAUGGACCAGUCGGUGGGCUUUGUAGAGAGGGCAGUGGCCGAUACCAAAAAGGCAGCCAAAUUCCAGCAGGAGGCCCGCAGGAAACAAAUGAUGAUCUUCUGCUGCUGUGUGAUUCUGGCCUUGAUACUCGGUUCAUUUGUCUACAGCUUCUUCAAAUAG